UCCAUUUCUAUGCCUUAAGUUAUUUUUUAUUGAGCUGAGCUGAGCCGAGCCGAGCCGAGCCGGAGCUUAACCUUUGUUUGUGUUUUGGAUUAGGAUCGUCGUCAAACUCUCGCGCAGGUGAAGCCAAUUGAUCAUUUGGAGCCGCCGCCGAUACCCAAGUGCUUCCCUCAGGAAAGCUAGCGAUUGUUUGGGGGUUCAUGGAUCCCGACGUCGUGGAAAUCUCCCCGCCGCCGCCGGUUUCUCGGCCUCCUCGAAUGCGUAAUCGUAAAGAGAUUGUUCUGCAUGAUGUGAUUGAAAUUGAUGAGGACGAUUCUGCUGAACUCUUGUUUCUUGAUAAGGUAGCUGAUAAAAGUAACAAAGGAAAGGCAGUAAAAGUUGUUUCCGAUGGAUACAGUGAUUAUCAAACCAAGGAAGCUAUGGUCAAUUUUUUUGGACCCUCUGGUGUCGAACCACUUGGAUCACUGGAUGGGGUUGAGUCUUCUAAGAGUUUUGACCCAGCAAGCUUAAUUGACCUCGAUGGCCAUAGUUCCGAGGGAUCUUGUGAUGAUGACGACGACUACAUUGGUCUACUUCAAGAUGAGUUUAUGGAUGUUGAUCAGUAUUCCAUGUUGCAAGCCCACUUUGAUAGUGUGGAUAUUCCUCCGGGAAUAGAAGCACCGAUCCCUUUUUUGUUUGAUAAUAAUUAUGGUGAAAGUAGUUUGGCUCGUACAACAUGCCCAAUGCAAUCAUAUAAUGUUGAUCUCCACGGAAUCAACACAUCUUCAUCUUCAUCUCCUUGGUCAUCAAAGCUUGUUCAGAUUAACAAAAAUUCAAACACUGCAAGUAAUCCAAUCUUGCAGACUGAAGUUGGUUCUGUAGAUCAGCAUUCUGGAAUGGAUCUAUCAUCAAACAUGUUUCUUUCUCAAUUUACCCAAAGUAAGAAGAAGGCAGCAGUUACUCUGCAACAUAGAGGAUCUGCUUCCAGUCCCCCACAUGGAGUACUAUCCAAAACUCGGUAUCGGAAAUCUUUCCCGUGUAAAAAGAAGCAACUUGUGUUAAGUAGUUCAGCUAACUAUGAUCCUGUAAAUCAAUCAGACGCAAUGAAGCUCCCUUCUGGAGUUGAGCCAUCUUUCUGGGAACCUUUCAUUCCUGAAAAAUUAAAGAAAAAAGUUGGUACAAGUUUUCCUGUUCCUAUAAACAUGCCACAUCCUCCUUUUGGAUUAAAAUCCCCUCUCUCUUGGUCACAUGCACCUCAGAAAUCUGUUAAGCCAUUAUUUAACCAUUUUGCUCAUUCAGAUUUUUUUGAUCCGUUGAGUUCUGGAUUUGAUUCUGAAGAAAUGGCAGAUGUUCUGUGGUUUGACAAUCUUCAUUGUCCUGCUCCUGUGAAGAAUGAAGCUACAGUAGGUAGUUCAACAAACAAUGUUCAAGCCACUACUAGCUUGGAUAGAGAUGAAAUUCUUAGGAAGUAUGGACUUUUCAAACAAUUUGAUACUGUUGAAGGUCAUUCAGACCAUCACUAUGCUAGGGAUGGUUCUUCAUUGAAGCCGUCAUCAAAGAAUUGGGCGAAGCGAAUUCAAGAGGAGUGGAAGAUUCUGGAGAAGGAUUUGCCUGAUACUAUAUUUGUUAGGGUUUAUGAGACAAGAAUGGAUCUUUUGAGAGCUGUUAUUAUUGGAGCAGAAGGCACUCCAUAUCAUGAUGGUUUGUUCUUCUUUGAUGUCUUCUUUCCUGGCAAUUAUCCUAAUGUACCACCGCAUGUCUUUUACCACUCCGGUGGUCUUCGGCUAAAUCCAAAUUUGUAUAAUACUGGAAAAGUAUGCCUCAGUCUACUCAACACCUGGUCUGGCAACAAGAACGAGAAGUGGAUCCCAGGUACAUCUACCAUGCUUCAAGUUCUGGUCUCUAUACAGGGGCUGAUCUUGAAUACAAAACCUUAUUUUAAUGAGCCUGGCUAUGCUCAAAUGAGUGGGUCAGAAAGUGGAGAAAAGCGGUCCCUCCAGUACAAUGAAAGUACAUUUAUUCUCUCCUUGAAGACGAUGAUGUAUACAAUUAGGAGACCUCCGAAGCAUUUUGAGAAUUUUGUGAUGGGGCAUUUCUGCAACCGCGCUCAUGAUAUUCUGGUUGCAUGCAAAGCAUACAUGGAUGGUGCUCAAGUUGGAUGUCUAGUCAGAGGUGGGGUUCAGGAUGUGGACGAGGGUGACAAGAGCUGCUCAAGGAAUUUCAAGAAUUCCUUGCCUGGGUACGUGAAUUACCUUGUCAAGGAAUUUUCUCAACUCGGAGCUAAUGACUGUGAGAAAUAUCUAUUACCGAAUGUGAAUUUGAUUGCCAACGGCAGCAUUGAACAUGCUGCUCCAUGAAUGGCUUUCAACUCAAUGAUGAUGACAUUUUAUUUAGUUAACAUAAAGCAUUUUACAUCUGAAGAAAAUGCAACUUAGGUGUCCUGGAAUUAAAUUAGUUUAUACUUAAUUUAUAGAGUACAUUUUAUGUAUUCCCAUUCUGUAUCCACACAUUUGUAUAUAAAUCAAAAUACGGAUGGGUGUACAGGGUCCAAGGCGCUCUUCAAGAAGUGAGAAUUUGGUGAGAAUGUUAGAGCAAAAAUUGCCGGUAAUAUUAAGUAACACAAGUAUGUUAACUGAAUUGUAUAGCUAAAAUUAGCAGUGUUGAAUGUAGUUCGAGACAUUUGGUACCUGAAUUCUCUUGAAGUAAAAUCGAAAUUAUCGACCGAGUUA